UGUUAGGCAGUAGGAGCUCUCGCGACGUAACAUAUUGGAAGAACUGGAUGGUCGGACCAUUGGCCACGUCCCCUGCAAAUUUCUUUCAGAGAUGGUGGAACUUUGCAUCCUCUUCUCUACCUAUAUAAUCAACCCAUCAAUGGCGAUCGCCCUUUCUUUCCGAAUGAUCCAAGAACAAAACCCCAUUUCUUCACAUAAAGACGCCAACGAUUAUGAGUCGCCUAAUUUCAUCAUUUCGCUCUCUAGGGUUUGCUGCUGGACGCCGGACCUCCUGUUUUCGAAUCAGUGCUCUUCGCAUCUACUCCGAUCACCAUCAAUUUUCAACUUCCCCGAAUCCAGGUCCACUUACACAGUAUAAAAAUCUUGUCAAAGAAGGACAACUACAAUUCGAUCCUUAUCAAGAAAAAGUCGCUUUGGAACUCGAUAACUUACUCCAAAGAUUACAGCAGUAUGAGAAAGAAAUGCAAGAAUAUCAUGUCAAACUAUCCAACUGGGAAGAAAACCGUGAGAAUGAAAGGCGCAAGCUUUUACUAAAAGAAGCCAAGAGCAAACAACAAAGAACUGAAUCUCUCGACAAAUCACACAACAGAUUUUUAGGCAAAUGGCUCGAUAGGAAAAAACCUGUGAAUGUAGAACCUGGAGUUGGGAAAUGGGUUUCAUAUCUAAAUCGAGAAAGAAAGUUAGAUUCAUUAGUUGGAAAGUGUCCCACUGUUCCUCAAGCUCCUAAAGGAUUAUACAUCUAUGGAAAUGUCGGAAGUGGAAAGACAAUGCUUAUGGACAUGUUUUAUAAUUCCACCAAAGGAAUUGUCACACAUAGAAGGAGAUUUCACUUUCAUGAAGCUAUGUUAGAGAUAAAUGAGCGAAUGCAUAAAUUAUGGAAGAAUCAAGUAAAGGAAAAGUCAAUGCAGUCAACUAUCGCUAAUUGGAUAAUGAAUCUUCCAUUUGACACUAAAGUUAAAGAAUGGGUAGCUUCAGAAGAAAGCUACAAAGAAGAAAUGCAAAUGAAAAACAUUCUUCCAGCUGUAGCAGAUAAAUUCCUCGUUGACCAAAUCAUUGACCAAAAAGGAUCUUGCAUUCUAUGCUUUGAUGAAAUCCAAACCGUUGAUGUGUUUGCUAUUGUGGCAUUAUCUGGAAUCAUAAGUAGAUUGUUGACCACUGGAACUGUUCUUGUUGCCACUAGUAACAGAGCACCUAGUGACUUGAAUCAAGAUGGUAUGCAAUGGGAGAUAUUUUUGAAGCUUCUUGAUAAAAUGGAACAACAUUGUGAAACUGUUUUAAUUGGAAGUGAAACUGAUUAUCGUCGUUUAAUAUCACAAAGAUCUAUAAAUCGGGUGACCUACUUUUAUCCUUUAAACAGUAUUGCAACUGAGAAAUAUGAGAAUAUGUGGAAUGAAAUUGUACAAAGUUAUGGUCAACAAGUCAAAUCUGAAACCAUAUCAGUAAUGUUUGGGAGAAAACUUGAAGUCCCUGAAAGCUGUAAUGGAGUAGCCAAGUUUACAUUUGAAUAUUUAUGUGGUCGUCCGGUAGGGGCAGCAGAUUAUAUAGCUGUGGCUAAGAAUUAUCAUACGGUUUUCAUCUCAGACAUUCCGAUGAUGAGUAUGCAGAUUCGUGACAAGGCUCGGAGAUUUAUAAUUCUGGUUGAUGAAUUAUACAAUCAUCAUUGCUGUUUAUACUGUUCGGCAGCUUCUUCCAUUGAUGAACUAUUUCAAGGAACAGAAGAGGGAACGCUUUUUGAUUUAGAAAGUUUCCAAUUUGAAACAGAGACAGAAGGCUCAAAGCUAAGACGUGAUGUUUUAGCAGAGGGAAAUAUUGGUUCAGGAGGCGCGCCAGCUGGCAUCAUUUCCAUGCUUUCUGGAAAAGAGGAAAUGUUUGCUUUUCGUCGGGCUGUGUCGCGUAUGAUAGAAAUGCAAACGCCAUUUUACCAGGAAGGAGUAAGGAUAUAUCAUCCGUUUUUUCAGGGAGACAAUAACAUUGAAAAUAUGUUAUAAGUUUAGAAAUAAAUCUUGAAAGGUGAAUUUGUUGUGUGUGAUAAACUGAUAUGAUACAUUUCUUCUGUAAUACUUGAAGUAGAGCCCAAUAAUUGAUUGGAUAAUGUAGGUUAGGUUAGACAGACCAAAUGACCAUUGAUCCAUUUUGGGAGCUAGAUAUGGGAACCAUGUGUUAAUAAAAUGUUGGAAUGUUGUUAUACUUGAAGAAAA